GGAGUAAUGGGUCUUCAACGGGAAGCUGCCGAGUGGUGAGAGGAGCCGCUGCCAUACACUUCCUUAUUCGUCGUGGGGAACAGAAAGUAUCGUAUGAGGAAAACAUAUGAAACAAACAGGCGCUGAGAAGAGUCGUGGGAUUGUGUUUGUUUUCUGGCGGAAGACUUUAUUACAGAAAAAAACACAUACGCAAAAAAAAACACGCCAAUGUUAUAGGAUAUCGUCUAACAUUAGCGCUAAGCUAAGCUAGGUGAGCUGUGAGCUAAGCGGGGGUGGCGAGCUGCGGUCGGAUUCCAGCACAACGGCUUUGAUUUACGUUCAAAUAAGUUCUGUAUAUUCGGAAAAGCCAAGAGUUAUGAUGAGAAAUCCACUAACGCCAGUGGAUUUGAGCGUCUCUCGUGCUGUCAUGGUUCUGUUAGUCAAUUGAGGUGACACCAGGCAGUGGAUCUGUGGCUUCGACCGACAUCCAAAGAAGCGACGACAAUAAGGCAGAAGGAACGCAAGCAGAUGCAAUGGAUUUAAAAACCGCUGUAUUCAACGCAGCCCGAGACGGUAAGCUCAAGCUGCUCCAGAAGCUUUUGGAGAACAAAACCGACCACGAGGUGACGAAACUGAUGUCCGAGAAAACAAACGGGGCGACACCGCUGUUGAUGGCGGCACGCUACGGGCACCUCGAUUUGGUCGAGUAUCUUCUGGAAUGCUGCUGCGCGCCCGUAGAAGUCGGCGGGUCUGUCAACUUCGACGGCGAGACCAUCGAAGGAGCCCCUCCGCUGUGGGCCGCUUCGGCGGCCGGACACCUGAAGGUUGUGCAGUCACUCUUAGGCCAUGGUGCUUCUGUGAACAACACCACGCUCACCAAUUCGACCCCUCUGAGAGCCGCUUGCUUCGACGGCCACCUUGAUAUCGUCAGGUAUCUGGUGGAACACAAAGCUGACUUGGAAGUGGCCAAUCGGCACGGCCACACGUGCCUCAUGAUUUCUUGUUAUAAGGGCCACAAAGAAAUUGCGCAGUAUCUGCUGGAGAGAGGCGCUGACGUUAAUAGGAAAAGCGUCAAAGGUAACACGGCCUUGCAUGACUGCGCCGAAUCAGGAAGUCUGGAGAUAAUGAAAAUGCUUCUGAAGUACGGCGCCACAAUGGAAAAGGACGGCUAUGGAAUGACUCCAUUGCUCUCAGCCAGUGUCACUGGGCACACGAACAUAGUAGACUUCCUCACGCAACACCCACAAACAAGCAAAAUGGAACGAAUUAAUAGUUUAGAAUUGUUAGGUGCUACUUUUGUGGACAAAAAGAGGGAUCUUUUGGGAGCUUUAAAGUACUGGAAGAGAGCCAUGGAGAUGCGGUACAGCGACUGCAGCAACAUCCUCUUUAAAGGCGAACCUAAAGAACUUGUAAUGGCGUACGACUACGCGAAGGAGGCCGGGAGCAUGGAAGAGCUGGACAGUUUGAUCUCGGACCCGGACGAGAUGCGAAUGCAGGCUCUCCUUAUUAGAGAACGCAUCCUGGGCCCAUCGCAUCCAGACACGUCCUACUACAUUCGGUACCGAGGAGCUGUGUAUGCCGAUUCGGGGAAUUUUGAACGGUGCAUCAACCUGUGGAAGUAUGCCCUGGACAUGCAACAGAAUAACUUGGACCCACUUAGUCCUAUGACUGCCAGCAGCUUGCUCUCAUUCGCUGAGCUUUUUUCUUUCAUGCUGCAGGACCGUGCUAAAGGCCUCCUGGGGACCUCUGUGUCUUUUGACGACCUCAUGGGCAUCCUUAGCAAAAGCGUGCUGGAGAUCGAACGCGCCAUGAAGCUGCGGCAGCCCGGGCCCGACCCAGCUCAGCUCAGCAAGGCACUCGCCAUCAUACUGCACCUCAUCUGCUUACUGGAGAAAGUCCAGUGCACGGUCGAGCAGGACCAUUUCAAGAAAGAAACCAUUUACAAGUUCCUCAAGCUGCAUCCGUGCGGGAAAAACGGCUUCAGCCCCCUUCACCUGGCCGUGGACCGGAACACAACGUGUGUCGGCCGGUACCCCGUCUGCAAGUUCCCUUCGUUCCAGGUGACCUCCAUCCUUCUGGAGUGUGGCGCCGACGUCAACUGUCGCGACGAAGAUAACAACAGCCCUCUGCACGUAGCUGCCUCCAACAAUCACCCCGACAUCAUGAAGCUGCUUAUCGCAUGUGGCACGCACUUCGACAGCACCAACUCCUUCAGGCAGACUGCAUGUGACCUGUUAGACGAGAAGGAGAUGGCCAAGAACCUGAUUCAGCCCAUAAAUCACACCACACUGCAGUGCUUGGCCGCUCGCACCAUCAUCAAGCAUAAUCUUACAUAUACAGGAAAUAUUCCAGAGAAGCUUGAGGCUUUUGUGCUACUGCACAGAUAAUGACUAAGGUACUAUCCAGAUCGGAUUUUAAAAAGUGUCUCGGAGCACCGAACUCCCUUUUCACGUUCUCCACGUGUACGGUUUGUACAGAAGAAGGAGUCUGUCGAAGACUUCCGAGAAUUGAUCAUUUCUGUUCUGUGGCCAUGCCUGAUGCCUGAAGUUUUUCUCCCACAUAAUGCUUAUUUCUUGCUGUUCAUUGAUAGAAUUUUUUUUUCCUGUUUGCCGCUGCUUUGUUUUGUCACUAUGCAAAGGUGUUGGGCUGUGUCUAAUUUAAUUUCCUUUUUAUCUUGCUGGCAUCUGCACAAUACUAUUGUAUUGCUAUUCUCUUCUGAACCUUUGCUUAUGCCCUCACUUCAUUAUUGUUUUUUUGUCACUGUUUCGGGAAUGGAAUGCGUUCGUUACUCCCUUCAAGCAUACAGAAGCUUUACGACGUGGUUGAUGUUAUGUGAAGACCAUAAGUGCUUUAUUUCUCCUAUGCACAGCGUAUGAUAUUGCGACUGUUCCAUGUUCCUGGACUGUGCCACUGUUUUCUAACUGCCUGACUACUGUCAUCAUUUUCUCCAGUUUUCUUUAACUUGACUGCAAACCUGCAGCAAAAAAGUAACUUAGUUUUGGGUUUUUAAAAAAAAAAAAAAUUAUGUAUUCGGAGGAUAAGUCUGGAGUGUAUUUUAGUAGUCCUCUGAGCCCAGUUGAUUUCAGACAAGCUAUAAUUUGAGAGAGAGUCGGAUAAAUUUUCUUCAUUUACAGAACGUAGUGUGUUUAAAUCAAUGCCGAUCUCCUCAGAGCACUGGUUCGCAGAAUUGAUUUUUCUUAUUCCUGAAAAUAUUUGUUAAAUAAGGUAUCGUUCAUGGAUAAAUUCUUACUCUAGAUUUCCAGGUUUGCGGAAAACAAGGGCUUUUCGUAAUUAGGCGCACACUUCACAAGCAGCAGAAACAAAUGUACAGUCAUAGCUAUCCGAAAACUUGCACUUUAUUGCAGUGGAGUUUCGAAAUUCCUUUUCCAAUGGCUUGUUAAUGUUCCCAGAGCAUAUUUAACAAUAAACCUCGGUUGCACUUCUUUUA